UUCCGAACUGUCAAAUCUGCAAAGGCGACGGACGGCGUUGUUCCGUAGACAGAUUUCUCUAAAAUAAAUGCUGGUUCUUUCGCUGUUGGAAUAAAAAUCUAUCAAAAUGUAUUCUAGUGAUGAUUAUAAUGAGGGAGGGUACGAAUCCUAUGGUGAUUAUGAGCCCCACACAGGAGAUCCCCAAUAUGACCUGGAGUACGACAGAUCUUCAUACUACAAAAUGCCUGAUAUGGUUAAGAAAUUCCUUGUUUAUUUCCGCAAUAUGAUAAAUGAGGGAGUAACAUACGAGAUUCUGAAUCUGUAUGAGAAUACCUUCCCAAAGUUAACUGAACAGUAUUUUGAGAAUACUCCAUGGCCCGACGAAAAUGAGGUGUCCCCCAUUGUUGAUAAUGAUCAUGUAUUUAUGAUUUUGUAUAAAGAAUUAUACUACCGUGAUAUUUAUGCGCGUGUACCUGGUGGCCCCAAACCAGAACAAAGGUUCCACUCAUUUUAUAACUACUGUGACCUUUUCAACUACAUCUUGUCUGCUGAGACACCAGUGCCGUUGGAGUUGCCUGACCAAUGGCUGUGGGAACUAAUUGAUGAGUUUGUGUACCAGUUCCAAUCAUUUGCCCAGUACAGGUCACGUACAUCCAAGUUGAGUCCUGCUGAGAUUGAUGCACUUAACACUGAAAAUAAGGCAUGGAAUGUACUCUGCAUUCUUAAUGUGUUGCACUCUCUGGUGGAUAAGUCUAACAUCAAACGCCAGCUUGAGGUGUAUGCUGCUGGUGGCGACCCCGACUCGGUUGCGGGAGAAUUCGGACGUCACUCCCUCUACAAGAUGUUGGGCUACUUCUCUCUAGUGGGUCUCCUCCGCCUACACUCUUUGCUUGGUGAUUAUUACCAGGCCAUCAAGGUCUUAGAAAACAUUGAGCUUCACAAGAAGUCUCAAUACUCGCAUGUGCCUGCAUGCCAGAUCUCCACUUCGUACUAUGUGGGAUUCGCUUACAUGAUGAUGCGUCGUUACGCCGAUGCUAUUCGCACUCUUUCGUCGGCGCUGCUCUACAUGCAACGCACCAAACAACUGUUCUCGUCGCGUUCUUACCAGAAUGAUCAGAUUAAUAAGCAGACUGAGCAAAUGUACCAUCUGUUGGCAAUUUGCUUAGUCCUUCACCCACAAUGUGUUGAUGAGUCCAUCCAGCAGGUUCUACGUGAGAAGAAUUAUCACGAGAAGAUGUUCAAGAUGCAAUAUGGGGAUCUGGGAGAAUUCGAAAGCUGCUUUACUUUCGCCUGCCCGAAAUUCCUGUCUCCUUGCCCGCCGCCAAUUGAACCUGGCUCCAACUACGGACGUGAUGCUGUUAAACACCAGACCCAGGUGUUCAUGGAUGAGGUCCGUCAGCAAAAGAUGCUGCCAACAAUCCGUUCAUACUUGAAGCUUUACACCACCUUACCCUUGGCUAAGCUGGCUGCCUUCAUGUCGGCUGCUCGAGGCGGAGACAGGGACGCGGCUAGGGAACACGCGGCCCUCGCGAUCCACCUGCUGUGCUUCAAGCACAAAAUGAAGAAUGUUGUAUGGUCCAAGGGACCAAGUGGUCUUGAUGGAAAGUUCCAGAGUGGAUCAGAGUUGGACUUCUACAUUGACAAUGACAUGAUUCACAUUGCUGACACGAAGGUGGCUCAUCGCUUCGGCGACUUCUUCAUCCGUAAACUCCUCAAGUUUGAAGAGCUGAACCGUAAACUCCAUCAUAUUAAAAUCUAAUAAUAUACAUGCCUGCACUGUAACUGUAUAAAUAAAGUUACACAUAUUUGUAA